ACAAAUAGCCUCAGACGUCCUCAGCCUUGUCGUUGCCUCCUCAAGGACAAUCACCAAAUUCUGCCUGAAAGAGUGAGAAACAGUGCCUGCAAAAGGGCGAGAACGUCCCAGCAUGGGCAUGAGUAGCUUGAAAUUGCUGAAGUAUGUUCUGUUUUUCUUCAACUUGCUCUUUUGGUUUUGUGGCUGCUGCAUUUUGGGCUUUGGGAUCUACCUCCUGAUCCACAACAACUUUGGAGUGCUCUUUCACAAGCUUCCCUUCCUCACGCUGGGCAAUGUGCUCGUCAUCGUGGGCUCCAUUAUCAUGGUGGUUGCCUUCCUGGGCUGCAUGGGCUCUAUCAAGGAGAACAAGUGCCUUCUUAUGUCGUUCUUUGUCCUGCUGCUGAUUAUCCUCCUUGCUGAGGUGAUCUUGGCCAUCCUGCUCUUCGUGUAUGAACAGAAGCUGAAUGAUUAUGUGGCCGAGGGCCUGACAGACAGCAUCCAACGUUACUACUCAGACAACAGCACCAAGGCAGCGUGGGACUCCAUCCAGUCAUUUCUGCAGUGUUGUGGUGUAAAUGGCACGAGUGAUUGGACCAGCAGCCUGCCAGCAUCUUGCCCUUCAGAUCCACUAGUUCAGGGUUGCUUCAUGAAAGCAAGACUGUGGUUUCAGUCCAAUUUCUUGUAUAUUGGAAUCAUCACCAUCUGUGUAUGUGUGAUCCAGGUGUUGGGGAUGUCCUUUGCACUGACCCUGAACUGCCAGAUUGAUAAAACCAGCCAGUCGCUAGGGCUGUGACCUGCACCUCCUUCAUGCUGGAAAGCCUUGUUUCACCUCUGGGAAUUCAAAACCACUUAUAGUAUGAAGCCCUAAAUGAUAACCUGCUGGAGUUGUCUAUGUCCUCCUCCCAACUCUUCCCUGUUUGGAUCCCUGUUUUCUACAACCAGAGAAGUGUAUACUUAUCACUUCAGUCAAAAAGACAAACUUUCACCCACUGAUGGCAGCAGCCAUGUCUUUCAAGGUGGUGAAACUAAUACCCGAGAGUUUUUUACACAUGAGAGGCCAUAGAAUCUGUGGCAUUGGUGGCUUACCAUCAAAGGGUGGGUCCAAGAUAUAAAUUUUUGCAUCUUCCCUUUGUUGAAUCAGUCUCCAGCCUCUAAAUUAUGCCCAGUCUGCUCUCCAAGGUAAAGAAAGGGACAAGCCGAAGGGAGUUCUGGGGCUAGACUCCCUGGAUCAUUGUCACAACCUUCUGCUUCUUUAUGACUAGGGGCCAUGGCUAGAGGAGUGACAGAGAACUCUUUCUCCGAAGGUCAAGGUUUCAUUUCAAUUUCCUUAUUAAAGGGCCUUAUUGAUUUACUCUAAGUCUUUCCAGAAAGGACUAGCCAGUGAUUCAUAUCCUGACUUCAAUCAGUCUCUUAGGCUUUGAUUUACAUAGCCAUGAAAGAACUCAGCAGCACCAGUACCUCUGAUAAUCACAUUCAGAAGAGUUCUGAUGUUAUUUCUCCAUCAGAUAAAGUUAUGUUAAUGUACUAUUUUAAGUCUUCAAUAAAUAAAAUAGCUUAUGGUAUCAACCA